GCCUACUGUAUGUACGUUCUAGCCGUCUUGGGUGCGUCUCGUCUCAGUUGGAGUCGUCGGCGCGUCUCGAAUGACGGACACAGAAGAGCAAAUGAAGUGAUUUCCUAACCUGGCCUCCGCAAUUGCCCCAAACCCGACACAAUUCUACAUAAACCUAGCUGUACGCCAUAGCUGCCCCAACUGAUACAAACACCAACAGCACAAUGACUCGCUCCUGGAAGGCCUUGUCGGCCUUUGUUCUGGUUUGCGCCCUCUUGGGGCUGGUCAGCGCAUCAGAGUCAUCUCACGUCCUGGAUCUUACCGCGGACAACUUUGACAAGCAUAUCGAUGGCAGUAAACCAGCGCUCGUCGAAUUCUUUGCACCGUGGUGCGGUCACUGCAAGUCCCUCGCCCCAACCUAUGAAGAGCUCGGCGCCGCCUACGCGCACGCCAAAGGCGACGUCAUCAUUGCCAAAGUCGACGCGGACAAGCACAAAGAUCUCGGCCAACGGUUCGGCGUCUCUGGUUUCCCCACCCUCAAAUGGUUCCCCAAGGGCAAGAAGGACGCGCCGGAGGACUACAACGCUGGUCGCGAGCUGAAGGAUUUCAUCGGCUUUAUUGAUGGCAAGGCGGGGGUCCGUGCACGCGUGAAGAAGGUUGAGACUGCGGUUACGGUGUUGACUAGCUCGAACUUUGAUGAGAUCGUGAAGAAUAAGAAGAACAACGUGUUGGUGGAGUUUUAUGCGCCUUGGUGUGGUCACUGCAAAAACCUCGCCCCGAUCUACGAAAAGGUCGCGCAAGACUUCUCCCGCGAGCCGCACGUCAUCGUCGCCAACCUCGACGCCACAGUCGCCUCCGACGUUGCCCAAAAGUACGGGAUCGAGGGAUACCCGACCAUCAAGUUUUUCCCUGCCGGCGGCGACCCCGAGAAGCCCGUGCAUUACAACGGCGGCCGCACCGAGCAGGACUUUGUCGACUUUUUGAACGAGAAGGCAAAGACUUACAGGACUGUUGGGGGCACGUUGAGCGCUGAGGCCGGAAGAAUCGCCUCCCUCGACGCCAUCGCCUCCGACUUCAUCGCCGCCGCCUCCGACGCCCGCACCGGCCUCCUCACCAAAGCCAAAAAAGCCCUGGAGGUCAUCACCACCAACCCCGUCCCUGAUUUCAGCCACAAACUCGCCUCCUACUACCUCAAAGUCAUGACGAAAAUCAGCACGGGCAAGCCUAACUUUGCCACCACCGAACUGGCCCGCCUUGAACGUAUCAUCAAGAGCGGGGCUACCGACCCGGCGAAAGUGGACAGUUUUGUUAUUAGGAGGAAUAUCCUCCGCGCCUUCUUGGGGAAGAAGAAGGCGGACGCUGCGGAGAAGGCGGUUGAGGACGUGGAGGUUGAGGAGGCUAGGGAGGAGUUGUGAUGGAGUUUUUGUAGGUAGACGUAGAUGUUGUUCUUUCAAGCAGUGAUACAACUGGACUUCCGGAAUACCAUCCUCCCUCGUUUUGCCCAGCAUCGUAUUUACCGAGCCAACGGCGUAAGACUUGGACGGCUUCAAAUCCGCUUCACUACAUCACAACGGGUUCACAUCGAACGGUGGGAAUUGCGGU